AGCUCCGGCCUGGGUUUCCCGGCGUCCCGGCGUCUCGCUGCCAUCCGGGGGGAAGGGUUUAGGCGGCAGCCGCCCCGGGUGGCGUGCGGAAGGUGGAGGUGCGGUAGUCGUUGCUCCGGGUCGCUUCCUUCUCUGCCAGGGUCACCGCUGGCCGCCCUCCCCUCGGCCCGCGGUCCCUUUGAGGAGCACCGGGCCGGGGCCGCUCCCAGGGAGGGCCGCGGCGGGGGCGGCCGGGCCGGCGCGGCCCAGGAGGGACCCCGCCGCCUGCUGCGGGAGAGCGCCCGCGGCUGUGUGCCUGCCCGCGGCCCGCUGUCUGGACCUGUGGGAUUUAAGAAUAUCUCUCCUAAGAAAAUUUGCUGCUUCUACAGCCUUCCAUCUUAGUGUGCAAUUGAUGAUUUCACUUGAAAUGCCUAUCUGAAGAAGCUAAGAGUAGGCAAGGUGUAAUUACUUUUUAAAAAUGUUAAAAGUUCAGCAGUGUGUACCAUCUGUCAGGAUACCCAAGAAAAAGCCAUAUAUUUGUGACAUUUGCUAUAAACAGUUUGAAACUCCAUCAAAAUUAGCUAGGCAUUAUCUGAUACAUACUGGUCAAAAGCCAUUUGAAUGUCAUUUAUGCCAUAAAACAUUUAGGCAGCUGGUCCACCUGGAGAGGCAUCAGUUAACACAUAAUAAGCCUUUUAAGUGUAUUGUUUGUCAUAGAAACUUCAAAAACUUAAUCACUUUCUUAAAGCAUCAGCAGCUUCAUAAUGAAAAUUAUCAGAAUGAUCCCAAGAAAGCAGAAAACGCUGUGAAUUUUGAGCAGGACAGGGUCACUUACGGCAUAUUUCGAUGUCCUGUGUGCUGGAAAUCUUUUACAACUGAAGAGAGGUGGGUGCUGCAUCAGUGCCUGAAGGCAGAUCAUCUAUCUGGUGCUAGAAGGAGAAAGAAAACUCAUACUUGUGAAUCGUGUAACAAGACAUUUCCAUCAAGAUCUAAGCUAGAAAGACACUUCCUUAUUCACACUGGCCAGAAACCUUUUAAGUGUUCUUCAUGCGACAAGUCUUUCAGACAGUCAACACACUUGAAAAUCCAUCAGCUCACACACACAGAAGAAAGGCCUUUUCAGUGCUGCUUUUGUCAGAAAGGGUUUAAAAUACAGAGCAAACUCAUGAAGCAUAAACAGCUCCAUGCCAGAAAUAAGACUUUCCCCAAUGUUUCAUACAAAGCAAAGACUCUUAAAUAUCCCAGACCACAGAACCUGUUGGAAGGAAAGAGGGAUAGUUUUGAGAAUGCCAGUGCUUACGAGUCACGGGAGAAUGACCCACAUGAUGUUCACUCGAUUUACAUUGUACCCUUUCAGUGCCCAGCAUGUGAACAGUGUUUUGAAACAGAGCAGGUCCUGAAUUUACACAAAUGUUGGUAUCUGAGAGAUGGCAAAAGUUCAAAUAAUGGUUCAACAGCACGCAGCCCAGUCAGUAUGAAAAAUAAGAUCCUGAUGAAGCUGAAGCGUACUGGGGGAAAGGCAACAGAUUUUUCUCUGAUGGACAGAAGAAUAAAAAAAUCAGGUCAUUUUAAAAGUCCUGACCUGGUUGCAGCUAGAGAUCAGUGUUCUGAUCGGCAUGCUUCCACGAAACCUUUCAAGGAUGGCCGUAGCAAGCUUGACAUGCACAAGACACUUAGUAAUCGGAAGAAAAGAAAGUUUGCUGUGCCAUUACCUUGGCAAGAGCGCCUGCAACCUCACAACUUUGGAGUUAAUUUAAAAGGUAUGCUUACUGGUGAAAGCAUGUUAAAAAUCGAUGAUUCACUGCAUAAUAAAGAUGACGCUUUUUAUGGUUCAUCGGAUGCUGGUUUCUUUGACAAUCCAGAAGUAUUUCACUGUGCUUUUUCAGCUUCUGCUAAAAAUAUACAUAGCAGACACAAAGUGUGUAAAUGUGACAGAUGUGAAAAAAUCUUUCCGUCUUCAUCCAAACUUCAAAGACACUAUCUUAUACACACGGGACAGAAGCCCUUUGGCUGUAACAUUUGUGGGAAGACGUUUAGACAGUCAGCUCACUUAAAAAGACAUCAGCUCACCCAUACUGAAAAGAGACCCUAUAAAAGCCCCGUUUGCCAGGUAGAAUUUGAAAACCUGAACAAACUUUCCAAUCAUCAGGGAGAUCACAUUGAAUUUAAGUCUUCUCAGCCUGUGGGUUAUUCUCAAACACCUUCACAGGCGUCUGGCUUCCAAGAAUUUGAGCUGAUUCAGUCGAACCAAGCAGCUGAAAUCAAAGUUGAAAUCGAGUCAGGGGACUUUGCUCCUGACACCAGCCGUAGAAAGACACCACCGUAUUUGUUUAGUAAAUUGCCAGAAACAGAGCAAAGCUCUUACAGCUAUUGGCAUGAUUUAUCUCAAGGCACUGAAAAAAGUGAAGUUGUUAACAAAUUGUAUCAAUGCAGUAUCUGCUUUAAAACUUUUAAAUCACCUUCUAAGCUUGAAAGACACUACCUAAUGCAUGCUGGACAGAAGCCAUUUGAGUGUUCAGUUUGUGGUAAAAAUUUCAGACAGGCCCCGCAUUUGAAAAGACAUCACCUUGUUCAUUUUAAAGAGAGCUUGAAGCUGAGUUCCACCAGGCAACAACCGGAGAAUAUAUUGGGUUUAUCAAAACUGGAUAAUGUUCUAUGAAAUUAUAUAUUAAAAUUUUUGGCUGCAUAAUUAUUAAAAGGCUCAUGUUAGACUGUACAAUUGAAGGGGAUUAUCUUGUUCUAGUACGGAGAUGACCUGGUGAAGAGUUAAUUUACAGUCUUCAGAACUGUCUACUUGAUAUAAUUUGUGAUGAAUGUGAGAUGAUGUUUAAGACAAAAACCAAUGCAAUAGAAAAGCCACUUUGCAUCUCUUUCGUAAAUUAAUUUAUAAAUACACGUUCUUGCUGUUUUAAUAAUGUUGUAGCAAUCCACAGUGCUCCAUGAAUCAGAUAUUUUAAAAGUUAUACCUUUUCCCAUAUAGUAUUUUGUUACAUUUUGUUGUCAGAAAAGCAAAGACAGAAAGGUAAUUUCUGGAAUACAGAAAAAACGGUCCUUUUACUUUCUUCUGUCUCCCUAUAUGAUGCAAACGAAGGGUGCUUGCUGUAUUUAUUUCAUAGUUCUAAAAAAGUUAUUUUUAGAUAAAAGAUGCAAAAAAGAAGCAAGCAGAAAAAGGGGAAAAAGUUUAAUGAGGAAAAAAUGUUCACGUGAUAGUAUAGAACAGUAAAUAGAAAAAAAUUAACUGCUUUGUAAUGUGGUUGGAGAGCCAUGGGUGAGGAAUUAGAUAUUCUCCCUUUUUAUGAUAAAACAGAAGUAGACAAUGCUAAAAUAGCAGGGUUUCUAAUCAAUUAAUCCAUUUUACCGCUUCAUUACCUCCACUUCUUUGUAUGUACCUUGCCUUUUCUAGCUGAACUAUUCUUCUGCAAGAAAAGAGGACAAGAGAUUAUCAUUAAUAUUACAAAUGGGCUUACCAUCUCUUCCAGUCUCCUUUCCUUCUAGUGUACAUACUGCACCAGUAAAAGAAAUGUUCUCUAAAAUGUGAUAACUCAGACGAGCCGUUUUGUUGGAAGUUCAUGUUCUUGUUACAUUAAAUAUAAGAGACUGAAAAUUACUUUUAGCUCAAAUAAAGUAAUUCCAAUUUUAUAUUAAUAGAAUCUGUAGUUAUACUUCCUGGUAAGUAGAGAGUGGUGCCCAUUGUUCCUGUGGGCCUGGCAAAAAGUGUAGGUGCAGCGGAGGUUUAUUCAUUAUGAACAAGAAUGAAGUUUGUUUCUUUCUUUUUGUCCUCUGCAAAACCUACCUUUUAGGAUAUUUUCCUUUAUUAUGCAAAUUCUGAGUAGUUGAAACCUGAAGUUUUUAAUGCUGUUUCUAAAUUAACCUGCUUGUAAGAUACGUGGCAUUCUUUUCACUAUUUAAAUAGAUCCAUAUUUAUUUAACUAAAAUGUGUUUGGUUUGUUGUUGUUUGGUUUUUUUAAAUUCUGAAGUGAUUUCUCUAGGUUUUGCUGUGGCAUGAUCUUUGUAGUGUUUGGUAUAAAUGAAGUGAAGGGUGAAGGGAGUUUUUAUUUUCAUACAUGUUAUUCUUCCCCAUUUUCAGAGAGAAUAAAACCAGGAAAGAUACUCAAACAGUCUGUAGUUACUGUGAUUUUUGUACGAUAGACAAAUUUAGUACGUUAAUAACGACUAUAGUUAUAUAUUGAGAUUUUUUUCUUCCUCUGUGAAUUGUUUCAUAUUGAAAGACAGAAUACGGUACAAAAUGUUUUGAAAGUGUAUUGUAGAGCUCUUUUAAAAUACUUGUAAUAAACUAUUUUAUUUAUAUUGUA